AUGACAGUCAUUCAAUCCCCCAAGCUCUUCACCCCCAUCCAGGUCGGCGAAUAUGAACUUAAGCACCGAAUUGUCAUGGCGCCUCUCACUCGAUUGAGGGCUGAGACCAAGACAGCGAUCCCUUCCGAAUGGGCUGAAACCUAUUAUAGUCAACGAGCUUCUGAUGGCGGCUUGAUCGUCUCUGAAGGUACUUUCAUUGCUGAGGAGUUGAGGGGUUACGAGAACGUUCCUGGUAUUUACACCCCAGAGCAGAUCGCUGUCUGGAAGAAGAUCACCUCUGGUGUGCACUCUAAGGGCGGUAGGAUCUUCUGUCAACUUUGGGUCCUUGGCCGUGUCGCCGACCCCAACGUUAUCCCUGUCAUCUACUCUGUUGGCACUAUCCGUGAUGACAGUCCCUCUUACAUCGCUGCUCCCGAACCCGAAGGCCAGAGGAAGCCCUUAACUCCGGUUACCGAGGCCGACAUGGACCGAUUCAUUGGUCAUUACAUCCAAGCUUCCAAGAACGCUAUUGAGGCCGGCUUUGACGGCGUUGAGAUCCACGGUGCGAAUGGUUACUUCAUCGAUCAGUUCCUUCAAACCAACUCCAACGACCGUACCGACCAAUACGGUGGCUCCCUCGAGAACCGAAUGCGAUUCCCCCUUCGUGUUCUUAACGCCGUCUGCGACGCCAUUGGUCCCAAGCGCGUCGGUAUCCGAAUGUCUCCCUUCUCCGAAUUCCAAAGCAUGCGUAUGGAGGACCCUCUCGCCACUUUUGUCCCCUGGGCUCAGGCAAUCGUUGAGGCUCAGCCUGAGCUUGCCUUCAUUCACGCGGUCGAGGGUAGGGGUAUCUUGACCCCCGAGAACGAGUGGUACAUCCAGGACAAUCUGAACCCCAUCAGGGAAGUCAUUCUCAACAAGGGGAAGAGUGUCAGGUUUAUCCCUGCUGGCGGAUACAUGCCCGAUACUGCUUUUGAGCAUGCCGAGAAAUAUCCUGAAGAUCUUAUCGCUUUCGGACGAUACUUCAUCUCCAACCCCGAUUUGCCUAACCGCGUACGAAACGGCUGGCCUCUUCACAAGUAUGACCGUACCACCUUUUACUCUCAGUCGUCUGUAGGCUACAAUGACUACAAGGACUACAAGCCGGAGACUGAGGCUCUUGCUCAGGAUGAGGCCGCCCCCAAAGAGGGCACCACUAAGGCUUAACUAGAAGAAAACAAGAUAGAUGACUAUAGACACCUAGAUAUGUUGAAUGUAAAAUGUAUCAUUG